GUGUGUGUGUGUGUGUGUGUGUGUGUGUGUGUGUGUGUGUGUUUUGUGGGUCUAGCUUGACUACGGUGCCGGACAGGCUGCCACACUGGACUGGGACGGAGCCGAACUGUGGAAGUGAGUCCGCGAUCCGGCUGCGCGCGCACCACGUUCACGCGCCCAAGAACAGACGGAGCGAAGCGUUCCUGUGAUGCCCGAGGGCGGGCCCAGCUGGUCGGGGUUGCGAUGCCUUACGUGGACAGACACAAUCACAUCUGCGGCUUCCUGGACAUCGAGGAGCAGGAGAACAGCGGGCGCUUCCUGCGGCGCUACUUCAUCCUGGACACCGAGGAUGGCCGCCUGCUGUGGUACAUGGACAACCCGCAGAAUCUGCCAAAAGGAGCUGAGAAUGUUGGAUUUCUCAGCCUCGUCUACAUCUCCAAGGUCAGCGAUGCCGCCAAACUCAGACCAAAGGCGGAGUUCUGCUUCGUUAUAAAUGCGGGGAUGCGGAAGUUCUACCUGCAGGCCAAUGACCAGCAGGAUUUAGUGGAAUGGAUCAACGUUCUCAACAGUGCCACCAAAAUUACUGUGCCGAAGUUUGACGGGAGCGGGGCGGUCCACUCGGAAACCCCCCAGGAAAUACUCGGAGCCAUGAAACAGGUCUCCUACAAGACUGAGAUCAUAGGAGGCGUUCCCAUCAUCACGACAACGCAGGAGCAGGGGGAGGGGCAGAAUGGGGCAGAGCGUGGCGGUCUGAGGCGGGCUCAGAACCAGCUGCCCUACUUCCUGUCCAGGGGUGCUCAGGACCAGAGCGUUAUCAAAGUGGGAUACUGUGUCAAACAGGGAGCCCUGAUGAAGAACUGGAAGAGGAGGUACUUCAUCCUGGAUGAAAACACUCUGAACUACUACAAAUCUGACCGGGACCGUGAGCCAUUAAAAGUCAUCCCGCUGAAGGAGAUUUACACCGUUCAGGAGUGUAAGCAGAGAGAAAACAUGCUGAGGGACAACCUGUUUGAGAUGGUCACCAGCUCCAGAAUCUUCUACAUACAGGCGGACAGUCCUGAAGCUAUGCACAGCUGGAUUAAGGCCAUCUCAGGGGCCAUCGUGGCUCAGCGUGGUACUGGGCGAUCAACUAUCCGUCAGGCCAGACGCCUGUCCAGCCCGUGUAUACAGAUGUACACGUCGCUCUUCAGCACGAGCACAGUGACCACUCCUCUUCCUUACCCACAGCCACCUCCACAUUCUACUACCCGAUCACAGGGGAACUACAAUACCCACAAUCCUCCUUCCCAGCUGCCACAGCGGGUGCUGAGCGUGGCAUCGGACAGACAGCAUCAGGACAACUUCCUGAGCCUGCUUCCAUGGAGACUGAGUGGCGUUCAGUCCAAAAUGAUGUCCCUCCCCCCAGCACGGUCACGCCUUUCGUUGCAGGAGACAAUGCAGCCGUCAAAAUGACGGGGGACAACGAGGACGAGUCACCGUGGAAACGUCACAUCAGAAUUGACAGCAGUGCUAGCGAGGAUGAGUUGGAGCGUUCCCAGUCUCAGGAAUCUGACCUGCAGAUGACCCUGAUUUGAUGACAAUGAACACGAUCAUGGUGAUCGACAAUCCCUAAAUGUGUGCACACACACACUCACAGCUGUUUUCUUUUUUCCCAUGUGACUCAGAAUGAUCCGACUGAAAAACCUUCGGGGACCUUUUUUUUUGUGUUGAUCCAUGUCGCAGUUUUUCUUUUUUGUCUUUUUUUACAUCUCAUAAAUUUACAGAACAUUGCUGCUGUCGGAGUUUAAAAAAAAAGAAAUUUUAGCGUUAACAUUGAAAGUUAAAUAUUUUGUGAAAUAUGAUGAUUUACUCAAAGAGAGUUGACAAUUCCAGCUUCUCCGUCACUACGUGAAUGCGAGCGCCGUAAACAUAAUUGAUUGUCUGUACAAUUAAAGGGUUAAUCCUCUAGGGGGCAGAUUUUAGCUGAAUCACUGAUACUGACCAGAUUUUAAAUUGUGUUGUUUUAAUAAUCCUGUGCUUCUGUUGCAGGGGAUGUUUUUUUUUCUGUCAAACUGAAUUUUUUGUUUUUGGUGUGUUUCAGAACACCGAAUAAGAAAUUUACUGCUGUAUUCACAUAAUUUUGUUUUAUUACUAUUAUUUUGCACAAAAACUGUUUGUUUUCUUCUGACCAUCAUACUUAUUUUUUUUUUUUUUUACUUCUGAAGCAAUUUCUUGAAACAGGAUUUUCGUAAGCUAUAAAGGAUAAGUUCACUUUCCUUUUUUUAGCAACCUUUGUGAUUUUAAAACAUUACAUAUUAAACCUGUGAGUGUUUUA